UUUCUCUCGACACCAUUGCCGAAGACAAAAGCAGGCUCAUCUAGGUGCCCAAGAUCAUCCAAAACGCAGUUGAAGACUAAUGCCAGCAUGGAUGAGCUGAAUCUUCCCAAUUUGCCUGUUUGGAAGCUGACCAUUUCUGAUGACAAUCGUCCUGAUCUGGAGCAAAGUGUGAAAGCAAAGGAAGCAAGGGCUACUGCGGUGACACCUCAUUUUAUUAAAGCGAAGAAAGGCUCGUCAGAAGAUGGCCUGUGUUCGCCUUUUAGUUUCUCAAUUCAGAAGAGCAGGAUAGCACUGCCUAGUCCAUGCCUGAAGACAGCAUUGCGAGGCAAACAACAUGUGUUCUCUCCAAUAUCAGAGGGCUCAAGCAAGGAUGGUGUUCUCAGUGCUGGAGCAGCUGAGAGUGACAACAAGCCUUCUGCAGCCUCUGAUGACAUGUUGUCUGAUGAAAAGGAUCUGGCGUCAAGGUAUCCAGAGAUGUAUGGGUUUAAUCUACCCGCUGGAGAUGUACGCCGAAGGAGAGAGGCUGAUGAGGCUCUUGACUGGUUUUUGUCACCCCUCAAGACCUGUGUGUUAAUGGAUCCCAGUCCAACAGAUGAUAAGCCUAUUCCAGUUCAAGCAAAGGAUACUCCUUGGAAAGGUCUGGAAAGGAGUAAAAUGAAGGGGAGACAGGAACUUUCAGAUGCCAAUCCCAUCCAAACUCCAGCGGUUGGUGGUACUCCCUGGAAAGGCUUGGAAAGCAAUAACCUGAAGGGAAGGCUGGAUCUUCCAGAUGACAAUCCCAUCCAAACUCCAGCGGUGCAUAGCAAGGCCUUGCUUGGUACUCCUUGGAAAGGCUUGGAAAGCACUAACCUGAAGGGAAGGCUGGAUCUUCCAGAUGACAAUCCCAUCCAAACUCCAGCGGUGCAUAGCAAGGCCUUGCUUGGUACUCCCUGGAAAGGCUUGGAAAGCACUAAGAGCAUCCCCACUCGUUGGCGCUCCCCACGUCCAAAUCCGGCGAAAUUUUCGUCCGGAUUGGAGGAAGAUUUGGCGUGGGGAGGAGUAGUUUCCCAGUCGUGUGCUCCCCAAGCGGCGUUUCUCGGGGAAAAAGAAGAUGGCUCGGGGAAUCCGGACGAAAGAGGAGACACGUGGGCGUGGGCGGUUGGUUUAGCUUCAUCCGGAGUCCCCGGGAGACCCCCGGGAAACCGAGGAUGGCAUGGGGAGUCCGGACGAAAAUAGGCUCAAAUCCGGACCAAAACGAGGAACCGGGGGCCUGACUGGGCCGUUUUUCGCCGUCCGGAUGAAAAAAAGUGGCCGUGGGGGGCUCUGUGGGGAGACGAGUGGAGAUGCUCUAACCUGAAGGGAAGGCACGCUGGUGAAACCACACUCAAGAAGGAACUCUGGACCAGAUUUGAGGCGGUCUCGACCAACGAUCUGCACUUUGAUAAGUCAGUCUUUCAGAAGUCAGAUGGAAGGCGUUUCAUCGACAUGCUUGAGGAGGAAUCAUGAUUGCAGAGACUGGAACUGCGGUACUGGCCAUUGAUAUCCAAUCCUUUUGUCUAUAAUGGUACAUCUUGUAUGAGCGGCCAAAGCCAAACCUCAGUGAUCAAUGUAUCAGGAACGGGUUCCAAGUGUCACCAAGCCUUAUGUUCCAAAGUUGAGACUGGCCGUGCCUUUCUGCAGAAAUGCAUUUUGUAUUUAUUCUUCAUUUUCUGAUGUCAAAGUGCCACACUCCUGCCAGAUUUUUCAGUGAACAUGGGGCAAUGGUUGAUUCAUCUCACAGCAGUAUGUUCCAUACAAGAACUGGGUGGUUAAAAUAUACUGCUACAAGGCUGGCUUGAAACUAUAGUUGUACAUGGAUGAUGCAGGGGUACAAUGAUAAUGUUUUAUCUGCUCUCCAGUAUAGACAGCGGUAUGGAUGAUUUCUGUGCUUUAUGUCA